GAUGUCUCGAUCGCGUGGAUUACGAAGCUGCUACAAUUGCUCCACACCAACAAUGUCCCCGGCGAUGGUACUGCGCCUGAUCGUCGUGUCGCUGGCACUGGUCACCCUUGCCGGUGGAUCUUCCGUACCGUCUGGCUGGUCCCGGGUGCACCGGACGGCCCGGGACACAACGGCCGGCGGAAGGGAACAGCCCGCGCCGCCGCACCAUGCCAGCUCGCUGAUGUCCUGCGAGCGCGUUAACAACUUUUUCUCCUCCAUCAAUGUGACCGUCAGCGUGGCAAUACAAGGAUCCGAGCGCGACCAAGGCCCGGUGUGCGGCGGCAUCUGCUGCGAUGCUGAGACGGAGCGACAGCUGCAGGCAAAGGCGACGAAAAACUUUGAACGACUAGUCAAACACCACAUCCGGAGCCAACGGGGGCACUGGGAAACGGCGGCUAAUCUCUACAAAGAUUACCUGCUGCAGCUGCUGCGACAGUCGGAGAACAAAACGCUCAUCCUCUUCUCGACCGUCUACAGCAAGAUGUCACCACUGUCCCGCGAACCGAUCCGCCAGCUGUACGAAACGAUCCGGCUCAACCUGAUUGCCGACUGGCCCGGGGACGAUUUCGAGCUCGUGACGAACAAAUUCUUCCGCAACCUGUUCCCCGUCGCGUAUCACCAUGCGAUCCACUCGGACGUCCUGCACGGUACGGAACGCGGACGGUCAGCAUCGGCCGGCAUGGGCGCGAACCGCGACUUUCACAGCGACUACAAGAACUGUCUGGUGCACACGUACGAUGAGCUGAAACCGUUCGGCAUGGUACCGCAGCAGCUGUCCAGCUCGCUAGUAUCAUCCGUAAGUGCCGCAUCCGUACUGUUGCGUGCGCUGCGCGAAGGUUCCGAGGUGCUGCUCCGGCUGGAGGAGGUUGGCGUGUCGGCACCGAGCUGCCGGAAAGCGCUGCUACGCAUGAACUACUGCGGAAGCUGCAAGCGGUACAACCAUCUGCACGCGAAACCGUGUGCCGGCCUGUGCCAGAAUGUGAUGAGGGGCUGUUUAAUCGAAUUUGUCGGUGCGCUGAACAAAGGUUGGUCCACGCUGACGGAAGCGAUCGUUCCGCUAAUCGGUACCGUCCGCUCGAACGAAGGUAUCGAGAACGAGAUCAAAUCUCUCGACGGCAAACUGUCGAACGCCAUCAUGCACGCGAUGGAGAUUGGACCUCAGCUUGAAAAACAGGUGGAACAAGCCUGCGGAGUACCAUCGAUGAUGCCUUCCGAAUAUCUGGCCGAUGGAUCGUACGACGACACGCCGCAAACGCUCGCCGGCAGCAGUAAGUGGACGCUCGCACCGAACAACGAGAUGCUCCAGUUCGAGAUGACGAUCGACAAGAACAAGGAUCUCUUCAUUCAGCUGUCUACGACGCUGUGCGAAGAUGAAGACUACCAUCCGACGGAUGAGGAUUGCUGGACAGGCAGCAGCCUGAGUGACUACACCCAGCAAGUGGUGACGACGAUCGGUGAUCGGUACAAUCCGGAGGUGAUGUAUAAUGCGAGCGCGACGGUCUCGCCCCACAUGCAGACGCUGGUCGAUCGGCUCAUAAAUCUGAAGACGGCUGUUAACAAAGCGUACUCGUCCAAUAACUUCAGGAGUGAUGUCGACAAAAUGCAGUCUGAUAUGGCGGAAGGAUCAGGCGAUUCCUAUCCAUCCGAUGAUGAUGAGGAUGGAGAUCUUGCCUCCGGAUCUGGAGACGACGAUGCCAGUCCCCGUACUAUCUUCCGAGAUGUGCCCAGACCCCCACCUACACUUAACGAUGUCAGCUCUACGAAACGAAUCUCGGCCAGCUCCUGCUGGAGUUUGCUCUCCGUAUCUACGGUUGUCCUGUCCCUGCCGCUACUGCUGCUGAACGAACGAUUCAGCAGGCACUGAGGAACCGGCCAACGCGAGCGCUUCUGUUCCUUGGAUUAAGGUUAGCACACGUUAAAACGGAAGGCGACACCUCCGAA